ACCUCCUUCACCACGCUCACCACGCUCACCACACUUUCUAAGCCUUACAAGCAGUGGCGGAGUGGUGGACCGUCCCUCCUCCGUUUGUCCUCCCUGACAGAUCUUGGUUUGCUUGAUCUACUACUACUGCUCAUUUCUGUCUGAGAGGGUCGGAACUGCCAGUUGAUGGUACACCAAGCCCCGCUCCAUGGCUGAUUUUACGAUAAUUGGGAAUCCUUAAAUUACGCUCUCUCCAUGAGAUGCACACUCGGCUGUCUAUCAUGGCCUCCUUCAUCGAGCGGCUCCCUGCAGAGCUCCUGGACCUCAUCACCGCCAAUCUGGAAGCUACACCAUAUGGCUCCUUCCGUCUCGCAUCACGGCUGCUGUAUUUAACCACGCUCCCCGAAUUUCGGCGCAGAUUCUUCUCAACGAUCAAAUCUUCACUGAACUCAUCGUCCUUGACCAUGCUAGUAGAACUAUCGCAAUCGCAUCUAGCAGGAACCGUAAAAGAACUGUGCAUCCAACCGCGCCGCCGCCCAAAACUUCCACUUGCUAAAACGCGCGAAAAGCCUUUCUUUAGGGGGAAAUCCGAGUUUCUAAAGGCGCAAGAGAUCGCCAAGGCGAGCAAAGAAAACGCAGAGCGUGAGCUCUUUGAUGAUUUCAUGAAUGGUACAUCGCUCGAAUUAAGAGUCGCACCACUUUCCACCGCUCUCCACGGGUUUUUUAACUUGACCCUCAUUCGAUUCUACCUGAUCGAUUCGCUUGCAGUCCAGGGCCAAAUGUUCAAGAAGUCCUCCUGCAUAGAAUUCCAGUCGCGCUGUUUUCGAUUGAUCCUUGAUGCAAUCCUCACUAGCGGCGUCAAAUUAGAAGAGUUUAGCAUGGCUGAAAUUGAUUUCAUGAGGGACAGCUGCGCAAUUGUCCCUCACCACGCUUUCAAGCUACCGACCCCUUAUCUUGUUACGUUGAGCGACGCCUUCCACCGCCUUCAGUCUCUCAAUCUGUGUAUCAGCGCUACAUACAAUGGGACUGCUCGCCUCCCUGGGUGGGAGGACGGUAUAUCUCAGUUUAUAUCAGCCGCGUCGGAGUUGGAAAGCCUAUCCUUACACCUUGAUGGACCGGGGGCCUAUUCACGUUUCACCCUGCCAAUCAUGGAUUCUCUCGCUCGCUCGACCAUCCUUCCAAAGCUGAAGACAUUCCAGAUUCAGGGGAGCAUGUUCCAUGAGCAUGACUUGGCUAGAUUUGUCCUACAACACAGUGCAACAUUAUCUGACGUCUCUCUUGCAUACUCCAGGCUUCAGAACGGGUCAUGGAAGUCUCUCUUGACGACGUUUCGAGAGUCACUAAAUCUACAACGCUUUAGCCUUAUUUUCCCAAUGCAAGGGGAUGACCGACUUACGUUUCCGGACUUUGACAACAUGUGGUGUCUUUACGUUGAUACUACAGACCAAGAGGAGGAUCGCACAAUGUAUGAUGCGUUGACAAUGGCCAUCGAGCACCAUGAAAUUGGAUUUGAGCAAGACCCGGAAUGUGAAGCCCAUUACGACAGUGACAAGGAUCCACCCGAUGCACCCUGGCCAACCCAUCAUCAAAUAGAAUCGGAAUCUGAGUGAUUGGAACCCCCAAGACUGUCUUUGAGACCGGAGAGAGAGAGAGUUGGUUGGGUGCAUUCUUCUACGCCGAGCCUCAACAUCGGGCGCUGAUAUGCUUGCUGGCAUCCAGAAGAGCACUAGGGACAGGUUAUGCUAGCCGAGACCCAACCAGGCGGUCCACUACAGCAUGUUAUCACGUACGUAGAACAUGAUUAGAGCAAAUUGAAAUCUGUUAGAUCAGAUACCAAAUUCAAG